UCAAAAUGAAAGCUAAUAAUCUCCUCGAAACAGCUAGUUUCAUUCGAUUAUGGAAUUUUAAGUAAAAAAGUGAAUUUCGAAUGUAGAUGAAUAUUAUUUUUCGCUGGACUGCAGACACAAGCCUAAAUAACGAAUUAUAAAUAAAGCGGGAUGAUAAAAAUACAUACAUUCACCUGUACAAUUUAUCGAGUGCAUAUGGAUCUGAUAACUCUUUCCAGUGAAUCUAUAUAACCUGUCACGUAAAGUUCAAUCCGUAUUCGAUCCCAUAAGGCAGUAUUAGAUUUAUUUUUCAAGUAUUCACUAUCGCACUCAACCUUUUGUGUUAUUAUCGAGGUGUAAAAUUUUACGAGUAUGAGAGCAACAUUAAAAAUAUUAAUUCCACUACUGUUGAUGAUAAAUUCAUCAUCAGGAAUAUAUAUAUUGAAUCUCCUCGCUGAUUAUGGACUAACAGGCUCAUAUGGAAUGAGAAUCGAAAAAUUACCAAGAUUCGAUGAAUAUGAUUUCAUAAUUGUGGGUUCUGGGCCUGGUGGUGCCCCAGUAGCCAAUCGUCUAUCAGAAAAUAAAAAUUGGAAGAUUUUGCUAUUGGAAGCUGGUAAACCCGAAGGUCUUUUGCAUCAAAUUCCGUCAGUAUCAUUUUUAAAAUCGGAAUACGACUGGCAAUACCUUACGGUACCUCAGAAAAAAGGUGCCUUAGGGUUGAUAGAUCGACGUGGUUCCUAUCCACAGGGAAAAUCACUGGGUGGUUCAACAUCGAUAAAUGGUAUGGUUUACUCUAGAGGAAAUAAAAUUGAUUUUGAUGUUUGGGCUAAGCAAGGAAAUUAUGGUUGGUCCUACGAUGAGAUACUACCGUAUUUCAAGAAGAGUGAACGAGCUAGACUUGAAGAACCAGUGGAUCAAUCUUAUCACGGCAAGAAUGGAUAUGUGCAUGUGCAAAAUGGACCGUGGCGCACCCCACUAUCAACCGCAUUUCUAGAUUCCGGAAAGGAACUGGGAUAUGACAUUAUAGACUACAAUGGUAGACACCAGGUUGGAUUCUCCUAUUUUCAUUUGACAAUUUUGAAUGGUUCACGCUGCAGUGCUUCAAGAUCAUAUCUUCGAGUAAAUCGAUUGAACCUGGAUAUCGUACCGGAAGCAACUGUUACAAAAGUAUUAAUUGACCAAGACAAUCGUGCCUAUGGUGUCCAGUUUAUAAAAAACAACGUGACCUAUCGAAUCAAUGCCAGCAAAGAGGUGAUUUUGUCUGCUGGUACGAUCAAAACACCUCAAUUACUGAUGCUAUCCGGAAUAGGGCCCAAAAAGCAGCUCAACGAAUUAGGAAUUAAAGUCGUGAAGAACGCUGAAGUUGGAUCUAAUUUCUGCGAUCAUGUAGCUUUCCUUGGACUCACAUUUUUAAUAAACAAAAACGUAAGUUUACUUGUUAAAAAUACACGAACCCCAGAUGCUGCCAUAAAAUAUGCGAUAAACGGAACUGGGCCGCAUUCUACAUCGGGUGCCGAAGCAGGAGCAUUUGUCCGUACAAAAUAUGCAGUUGAUGCUAGACCAGAUGUGGAAUUAAUGUUUUUUGCCGCAGCACUGCACGCGGAUAAUGAUGAAGGGCUCCGUGAAUCACGUUACGUUAGUCAAAACAAUUAUGACACGGUUUGGGAGCCCAUUGAGGGACAAGAUGCCUGGAUGAUCGUACCAGUUGUUCAACUACCUCGUAGCAAAGGAUGGAUCAUCCUCAAUUCAACAAAUAUUGAUGAUCAUCCUCUAAUCAACCCCAACUUCUUGGACGAUCCAUACGAUCAGAAAAUUCUCGUUGAGGCUAUUAAAAUCUGCAUAGAACUAUCUAAAACCAAAGCCUUCCAACACUAUGGCAGUAAACUACAUGAUAUCAAGAUUCCAGGGUGUGAGAGCUUCGUAUUUGCCUCAGAUAGUUAUUGGAAUUGCGCAGUUAAAUAUUUAUCAGCUCCCUUCCUUCAUCAUGUUGGUACUGCCAAGAUGGGCCCUACCACCGACCCCACUGCUGUCGUUGACCCUGAGUUGAGAGUGUAUGGAGUAAAAAAUCUGAGGGUUAUCGAUGGAUCAAUAAUGCCAGAUGUACCAGUGGGCCAUUCAGCAGCAACAAUUUACAUGAUCGGUGAAAAAGGUGCUGAUAUGAUCAAAAGGACAUGGUCUACUUGAAAAAUCCAACAUCAACUAGUUAUCCUCCUAAUGACGAAUAAACCUUAACUGUAUUUGUUAUCUCAUAAAUAAAAAUGAGGAACUGAAAGAUCUAUUUGGAAAAAUAUACCUGACAGGUCGAUAAAUUUUCGCAAACGAUUGGACUAUUUUUACUGAACAGUCGAAAAGUUUUAUCCAGCAUUAUCGUAAUUACCCCCAAAUAAUUAAGACUAAAUGCGAUUGUCAAACGGUUGGGUUAUUUCUGUCGAGCUUUGCUGUCCAUGUAUUCAU